UUUAAAUUAACAAAAACGAUACUAUCUCGUCGAUGCUAUCUUGGCACGCGUUUCCGUUUGAUUUGUUCACGGGCGUCAUUAGUUGAUACAGUUGAUUCCAGAUGUUGAAGUGUUGCAUAAAUUUAAAAUAUAGCCCAACAUGGAGCAUAAUAAGGUUAAUGUCAGCUUAUCCAAAACAUUUUAUUGAUCCUAUUUAUAGUAAAAGGCAACAGUAUGAGUGUAAAGCUACUGACGAGUAUAAUAAAUUGAUUCAUAUACCAGCAAAGGCUACCAAAAACGAUGAAUCUUCAUCAAUUUUUUAUAACGAAAUUGUAAAGAAAAUGCUUAAUUAUAUCACCAAAGGAGGUAACAAAAAACUUGCUAGAACUAUUCUCGAAAAUAGCUUCGAAUGUAUGAAACGAACACAAAUUGAACGUAUUCAUUUAGGUAAGAAUCAAAAUUGUACAACGAUUGAUCCAUAUGCACUUAUUAUUCAUGCUAUUGAAAAUACCCGUCCCCUAAUGCAAUUGACAGCAAUUAAAAGGGGUGGUGUGAAUUAUUUAGUUCCGGUACCUGUUACAGAAAAGAGAUCAUAUUUUCUUGCAAUGAAGUGGAUUUUGGAAGCUGCUAAAGAAAAAGAAAGAAACAUACAUUUACCCGAAAAAUUAGCAUGGGAAGUCUUAGACGCUGCGUAUGGCCAAGGAAGAGUUAUUAAGAGGAAAAAUGAUUUACAUAGACAAUGUGAAAAUAAUAGAGCUUACGCACAUUAUAGGUGGAGCUAAUAUUCCUAAGGUUAUUGCACUACUAUUUAAUGGAUAUUUUUUAAUAUAUAAAUGGAUUAAUCGAUUUACUUUAAAAAUACAUUGUAUAUUGAAAUAAAGGCAUAAAUCAAGAUCAGCGAAA